CGCGAUAUAAGUAUUCUAUUUCAAGCAUCUGUUACCAUCUGCAGGACUGAAGUGCUGCUACUCUUUGCACUCUAUCAUCCAUGUCUGCACCGUUGUUCGCUGAACUUGAGGCUGCUGCCGCCGCUGUCAUUCGUAUUCCUCAGGGGAUGCCUGAAUUCUCGAAUGCCAGGAUUGCACCCAUUGGAGGUCUAGGGUCCCUGGAAAUACAUUCGGGGCUAUCGUACCACUGAGGAUGUCGAUUUCCUCAUAACUGUGCAAGGAGCUCCUAAAGCUGUGAAAGACAAACUACUUGCCACCCCUUCCAGUCCUUUUCAGCAGCAAGCCCAACUCUUUCUACAAGAGCCCGAGCGGUUAAAACAUCCAAAUCGACAUCACACCCGACUGGAGACAUCUGAGUAGCCCGUCCCACGAGUAUCUUGUAACAUAGGUCAGUCUCCAUACCUCCCAUCCGCAGCCGUGCCGAUUUCGACCGUCCGAUCAGCCUCCCUUCCGUACAUUUCGGAAAUUGAUCUUCCGGUCUUCAAAAUAAACAGCUGUGGACUGCAACCCUCACUGGCGAAAAAACCACGUGACGCAACCGAUGCCAGGUUUCUGGCGGAUCACCUAACUUCCAGAGGACCUAUUGUCUUGUCAGCUACCCAAAAAAAAUGCUGUCCUCCAGGGAUUGGGCGAUGUAGUUCGGCUUUCUGGAAAAGACGAAUCCUGGUGGAAGGCUAAAUUGACACUGGGUUAGAGAGCGCCACGGAGUCGCAUUCUCUUCCUCCCAGUUAUGUUUGGUGGCUCGACCAUGGGCAGUUCGACUUCGCUCUUUGUGCAGCUCUGCUAUUGUGUAUAAAAGACAAAUAUUCCUUACCUAGCUCAAAUGAGACAGGAUCCUUUCUUCCACCGGAAAACAGAGCUUGUGUGUAAAUUCUGAAAUCCCGAAGGAUGGGCUCGGGUUCUUAUCUGGCUGUAUCGAGCGUUUGAAAUCAAUAGACAUCACACAGCAGCCUUGCUUGUUCCAGGGCAUUGGAUCACAAUGAAGCACAUCUAGAUGUGGAGGCAAACCUCAGUUAUGCAGACAUGAUAUGUAGAUAUGUAUCACUAACCGCACUUGAGAGCUCAUAAUUGUGGAGCGAUUCCCACAUAGCAAUCGACUAUGAUAGGCUGGGACGGCGAAUGAGUAGCACCGAACACCGACAUCAAGAGACGGCUUGGACGUGGUUAUAUUGAUAAAGGGGUCGGCGGAGUCGGUCCCUAACUAGCUGUUGGAUCACGUGGGAUUCUGCCGCAUAGGUCCGCCCUCGCUGACCCUUUUCACCACGUAGCCUAUCUAGCUAGUAACCAACCAACGAUAUACCUCCAUUACACUUAUGUGUUGGAUCAACUUGCUUUAGUCUCUAUGUUGGUCUAACUAUUUUAGUGUGUGUCAGACAAGCGAGGGCGGUCAGCCGAGGCAAACCCCACGUGACCUCUAAUAUUAUGCUGACUAAUAUGGGCUGAGCCGAACUAGGAAGGAGCUGAACCAUGGGAACCACCAGCAGCUGCCACCCCUGAGCUCCAGAGCUUAACCAACUACUCAAUACACACGUGAAGUCACUAAAGAGCUGCAUCUCAAGCUCGUCAGUACUGCUGCGCAUCAACAGAGCAUCCACAUCUCUCCUUCAGCUCAAAAGAGUCGAAACAAAGUUAUCCAGAUAGCUUUGCUCCUCUUUACAAACCCAAUAAGAUGUCUGCUUCCGAUUGCCUCCAACCACCACUCACUCCCGCCGAGCGGGCAAUUGUUAAAUCCUACGGCGGAUGGACAAUGUUCAUGGCUAGCUUUGGGCUGAAACCCUGGAACGACGAUGACGUGCAGGAGGCGAAGAGGAUCCUGGAGGCAUUUGUGGAGGAUGACAGCAGCUGAAUAUGUCGAUUCUUUUGCGCUAAUAAGACGGAAUGAAGUUCAAGGUAUACAAGGGUCGUCCCGCUGAUAUAUAAGGAUAGAUCAGUCGUCUCUACAUUCUCCGAGAGUACCGAGUACGAAGUGUUCGAUGACGCAUAUGACGUAUUAUUCUCC